CCGGAGAAGAAGAUGGGCCGUUGACAAGAGAAGAACUGCUGUAGCUAUCUUGAGCUAGUUAAGUAACGUUACUUGGGCAGCGUUUGUCGUUAAAUCUUAAACGUAUUGCUGAGUGGUUGUGUUUUUUUUGGGCCUUCGUCGAAAAUGAUCCUUACCGUGAAACCACUUCAAGGAAAAGAGUGCAGUGUACAGGUGACUGAAGAUGAAAAAGUCUCCACAGUGAAGGAACUUGUGUCUGAACGUCUCAACAUACCAGCAAACCAACAGCGGUUGCUCUAUAAAGGGAAAGCACUUGCAGACGAACACAGACUGAGUGAUUACUCCAUUGGGCCAGAGGCUAAAUUGAAUCUGGUAAUCCGUCCACUGGGGGAGAGGACUGGAGCUUCAGGAACAGCUGCCAGCAGCAGCAGCGGCACACAUGGAGGAGUGUGGCAGAGUGUUUCCACCAUACUUGCUAGACACUUUAGUCCAGCAGAUGCAGCAAAAGUCCAUGAACAGCUUAUUAAGGACUAUGAACGUUCACUUCGACAACUUAGCCUGGACGACAUUGAGCGCUUAGCAGGAAGACUCCUUCACCCAGACGGCGAGGGCAUGGACACCUCAUACAUGGACUAAGAACACCAAGCUGGAAGUUGCUUUUUGUGAUUGUCUUUCAAGGGGUGCUCAGUGUUCUAGAUGCAUUCAGUGUUUAGAGUGUGAGGCAUGGAAAAUACAGUAUGUGCCUAAUCAGUGGCUGAGUGAACACGGAUAACACUGACUGUCUCAGCAAUAGGGUUCUUUCUUAUCCACGACCAUAGGACUUGGAUAAGACCAAAGGACUUGGAUAAGAAAACUUUGCCACUUUGAAUUUGUCCUCGUCAUUGAUUUUGCUGUCAUGACACAAGACCUGAUCACAUAAUAUUUGUAUACAAAGGAAUCCAUUUAUGCUGUUUGUUUCACAUGAUCUCUGGCUGCUAAAACUCCCAGGGGACACUAACUUCUACUGGAGGGUAUUUAUUAGUAAUGUCUGUGUUCGAUGAUGACUGGGUGUUUUCUGUAAAUCAUCCAUGUGAAGGUAAUAUGUGUUUUAUCCCAUAAAUAACUGAUGGUCAUUGUAUGAUUUGUAAAUAUGUUUAUAUAUAUACAGACAUUAAA